UCCAAAUGCACUAUUGGUUAAUGCAUCUACAUAGUAAAAAGCAAACAUUCCUAUAAUACGUAGUACUAACAAAAAUAGAUAUUCGAAUGCAUAUCUAUUAUAUAUUUUAUGAGUAAAAGUUACCUUAGUCGGUGUUAAGUACCUGGUACUUCAUUCGAAGACGAGAACUCUAAAUUAAAAACAUGGGAGAAAACAAAGUUAAUAAACCAGGCCCUAUCCUGGGUGGACUUACUCUAUCUUCUUUAAAGAAGAAUUAUCCUCUGAUCCCACUGUUCAUUGCUUUAGGAGUUGGUAUAGCAGGUGCUACAUUUUACUCAUUACGUUUAGCCCUUCGUAAUCCCGAUGUAACGUGGUCUUUAAAGAAAAACCCUGAACCCUGGCAAGAAUAUCGUGAUAAACAAUACAAAUUCUACUCUACUGUGGAUUACAAAGAACAUGCCAACAAAGCACCCGAAUACUAAACAAUUUUCUAUGUAGUAUUGUUGUGUAGAUAGGUAACUAAGAAAAUGAAUGAACUUUUCAUACAUUUUCUACAUAUUCUAUUAUCAUACUUAUGUAUAGAAAUCUAUUUAAUGUCCAUAGUGUUGUUUUAAAUCCAUUAAAAAGUAAUUUAUAAAUUUUUCUCAAUAAAAAUGACUAGUUAUGUUUUAAGUUUAUUUUUAAAAUAUAUUGAAUAGAUGUAAGUUAUUGAAAAAUUUCAUGAUUUUUAAAUAAAUAGAAAUACUAUUAAGUAUAA